AUGGUGAAUUUUCCAAUAUUGUCAUUGAAAAAGGAAACUGGAAUUAAAACAUCAGGAUUUAAAAAUAAACAAUUGAACGACUGUGCCAUUUCGAUGAUUACUAGUAAUAAGAGUGAACAAAUCACUUUAAAGUUGCUUAACGAUGAUGAUAUCCACGUUAUUGUUCAAGGGAAAGAAAAGUGGUGUGUCGUAUGUGACAAAACGUUCGAAAGUAAAAAUGAUCAUGUAAAUAAUGAUCUUACUAGACACAAUAUUUUAGUAGACAAUAAAAAUAUCACAGAAUCUUCUGGAGAUAUGAUAGACGGUUAUGAUUAUGAUAAUGAUCAAGACUAUUAUGAAUUUGAAAACGAUGAAAAUGAGAACGAAACCGAAGAAAGUAAAUCACUUUUUGAUGAUGAUGAUUUUUUCAGUGAUCGUACAAUCAAGAAAAAUAUAAUGAAAGCUUAUAAAGUACUUUAUACGUUUCAAAUAGCAAUUCAUAGGAUUGACUAUGUAUUAGAAGACUAAUUAAUUCAUUUUAUUCACUGUUAAUAAAAAAUUUCUUGGCACUUUUCCGAGACUGCUG